AUGAAGUUUGAAAAAAAUGAAGCGGGUGUAGAAAGUAAAAGUGAAGAUAAAGAAAAAGACCGGAAUGGCAAGGGGCAGCAAAGCGGCAGGGCAGAAAUGGCAGAGGAAAAUGUGCAGAAGAACAACGCAGAGAAUGGAGGGAAUAAACGAGGGGAUAGGAUAGAAGACGGGAGAGGAUGGGAGAGGAUGGGAGAGGAGAGAGAAUGGAAAUCGAGAGAGGAUGGAAGACGAGAGAGGAUGGAAGUCGAGAGAGGAUGGGAGAGGAGGAGGUCGUGGAAAUAUUCGAAAUCGAUGCAAGGUGUUGGACUCGUCGGAGCGUUUUUCGAACCGGAACCUAAAAAGAGCCUCCCUGUCAGCCGCCGUGAAGAGGCUGGUAAGACACUACCCAUCACCGUGGUAUCAUAA